AUGGCUGAUAGUCAUAUCGAAAAUAGUUUUAAACUUGUUAAGGAGCUUGAUGGUAGGCGACUGAGCAAUGAAUUCCAGUUAAUAUCUUUGGAUGUAGUUAGCCUCUUCACUAACGUCCCCAUUGAUUACGCGAUGGAUUGUAUCAAGGACCAUUGGCGUUUUAUCUCUAAAGAUUGCUGUUUGUCGGAGGAGGAAUUUAUUAAAGCAAUACAGUUUGUCUUAGAUUCUACUUUCUUUGUGUUCGAUAGUGUUAUAUAUAAGCAGAAUUAUGGUACACCCAUGGGUUCACCGUUGUCGCCUGUCAUUGCGGAUCUAGUUAUGCGAAAUUUGGAGUCAUCCACGGCUUCAGUUCACUAUAGAGGGGGGGAGGGUAAUAGAUUGAAUUUUCUAGAUGUUACAGUGAUUAGGGAUAAUAAGACGAUAGAGUUCGACUGGUACCACAAGCCGACGUUUUCAGGUAGAUACUUGAACUUCUGGUCACAGCACCCGGUUUCUCAAAAAAUAGGCACAGUCGCGGGAUUAGUUGAUAGAGUAGUUCUUCUUUCGAAUCCCAAAUUUCACUUUAGUAACUUUGUUUUCAUAAUUGAAGUAUUGUUAGGGAAUGAUUAUCCAUUAGACUUUAUAUUUGAGAACAUUAGCAACCGGUUGAAGAGCGUUAUCAUGGCUAGUAAUAGGAAAAAUGUGGUGAGGGAGAACAGCGUGGAUGUAGUGCAGCCUUCGUGGUUUACGGUUCCUUUCGUUCGGGGUAUUACUGAGAAGUUUAAUAGAUUAAGGAGCGAUCAUAUGAGGGUGUCGUUUUAUAGCAUUAACAAAUUGCGAGAAUUCAUAGGACGUGAACAACUAAAAACAAGAAUCACGGAACACAAGAACCAUAUCCGAUGGAACACGUCUACCCGCAACGUUAUAACGGAGCAUCGGUUGCAAGAGGGACAUGAGUUCGAUUGGGACAACGUUGCAAUACUGGACGAGAGGUUCCUCGGUAGUGUGGUUACACUACCAGAAGAGAUUGACUUCGGAAAUGAUAUUCAUCAGGAAACAGACGCAUGGACUUAA